AUGGGUGUGGAAGCAGUGAUGGCAUUCUUGGUGGGGACCCCGGACACCCUGGCCUGCGUGGUGAGCCUCUCUGGUAACCAGGCUGUGCGCCUGCCCCUCAUGGAGUGUGUGCAGGUGACCAAGGAUGUGACCAAGGCCAUGAGCAGGAAAUUCGAUGAAGCCAUGAAGCUGAGAGGCAGGAGCUUCAUGAACAACUGGGAGGUGUACAAGCUUCUGGCUCACAUCAGACCUCCCGUCUCGAAGACAUCGGCUAGCAUGCACACGGUGGCCGUGAUGAACGUGGAUGCCCCAGCCACAGGCAUGAGUGUUGCCAUCCGCUCCACCGUGAGAAUUGGCCUCCUCCAGGGCAACCGGGUGCUGCUUGUGCAUGAUGCCUUCGAGGGCCUGGCCAAGGGUCAGAGCGAGGAGGCUGGCUGGAGCUAUGUGGGGGGCUGGACUGGCCAAGGUGGUUCCAAACUUGAGACUAAGAGGACUCUGCCCAAGAAGAGCUUUGAGCAGAUCAUUGCCAACAUCACUAAGUUUAACAUUCAGGGCCUGAUCAUCAUCGGGGGCUUUGAGGCUUACACUGGGGGCCUGGAGCUGAUGGAGGGCAGGAAGCAGUUUGACGAGCUGUGCAUCCCGUUAGUGCUCAUCCCUGCUAUGGUGUCCAACAACGUCCCUGGCUCGGACUUCAGCGUGGGCACUGACACAGCCCUCUACACUAUCUGCACGACCUGUGACCGCAUCAAGCAGUCAGCAGCAGACACCAAGGGGCGGGUGUUCAUCAUUGAAACUAUGGGUGGCCACUGCAGCUACCAGGCCACCAUGGCAGGCCUGGCCGCUGGGGCGGAUGCUGCCUACAUUUUUGAGGAGCCCUUCACCAUUCGGGACCUGCAGGCGAAUGUUGAACAUCUGGUGAAAAAGAUGAAAACAACUGUGAAGAGGGGCCUGGUGUUAAGGAAUGAGAAGUGCAAUGAGAACUAUACCACGGACUUCAUUUUCAACCUGUACUCUGAGGAGGGCAAGGGCAUCUUCGACAGCAGGAAGGAUGUGCUCGGCCACAUGCAGCAGGGUGGGAGCCCAACUCCGUUUGACAGGAAUCUAGCCACUAAAAUGGGCACCAAGGCUAUGAACUGGAUGUCUGGGAAAAUCAAAGAGAGUUACCGUGAUGGGAGGAUCUUUGCCAAUACACCAGACUCGGGCUGUGUUCUGGGGAUGCGUAAGAGGGCUCUGGUCUUUCAACCAGUGACUGAGCUGAAGGACCAGACAGAUUUUGAUCACCACAUCCCCAAGGAACAGUGGUGGCUGAAGCUGAGGCCCAUCCUCAAAAUCCUAGCCAAGUACGAGAUUGACUUGGACAUCACAGAGCACGCCCACCUGGAGCACAUCAGUCGGAAGCGAUCUGGAGAAACUUCUAUCCAACCCUCUUUGGAGUGA